AUGAAGGGCUUUGAUAAACUUACUAUCAAACAUGAGAUUAAAGGUCAAUCAUCAGGAACUAGAAAUUCUGGUGGCAGCGGACUUGGCCUUGCAAUUUGUAAGAGGUUUGUAAAUCUUAUGGAGGGACAUAUCUGGCUUGAAAGUGACGGCCUUGCCAAGGGAUGUACUGCCACUUUCAUUGUAAAACUUGGAAUUCCAGAGCGAUCAAAUGAAUCUAAGCUUCCCUUCACACCUAAAGUACCAGCAAAUCAUGGCCAGACAAAUUUUUCAGGGCUGAAAGUUCUUGUCAUGGAUGAUAACGGGGUUAGCAGGAUGGUGACAAAGGGGCUACUUGAGCACUUGGGAUGUGAUGUGUCAACUGUAAGCUCAAGCGAGGAGUGCUUGCAUGUUGUUUCUCAUGAACACCAGGUGGUGUUCUUGGAUGUGUGCAUGCCUGGUAUAGAUGGUUUUGAGCUUGCUGUCACUAUACGUGAAAAAUUCGCAAGACGUCAUGAAAAGCCACUUAUAGUAGCACUUACUGGAAACACAGACAAGGUUACCAAGGAGAACUGUAUGAGGGUUGGUAUAAAUGGAGUAAUACAGAAACCCAUUUCAAUUGAUAAAAUGAGGAGCAUUUUAUCAGAACUUUUGGAGCACCGAGUUCUAUAUGAGGCCCUAUAAGCAGCAGAAAUAUGC